AUGGCGCCCCCCCCCGAACCCGAACCCAAGAACGGGCGAUGGCACCAGCUCCUAAACUUCGUCGCGCUCUACGACAGCCCAAAGUGCGACACGCUCGCGACGGAGGCGACGAGCGGGCGAUGGUUCCGACUGUUCGAGAAGGACGACCAUCACGACGGCGCGGUCGAGAUCCUCCUCCGCGAGGACUACUACCGCGGCUGGGUCGAGGCGUCGUCGCUGUUUAUCCACGACGACGCGCACGUCUCCAUUCAGAAGGAGCACGACGACCUGUUCGCGAUCGUCGACGACGCCACCGGCGGCGUCGUCGACGCGAAGGAAGCGGUGGGAUGGGUCCUGCGCGAGGUCUCCAGGGCGCGAGACGACGGCACCGCGUACGUGUGGGGAGGGACGAUGGGGCCGUGCUUCGACUGCAGCGGGCUGACGCAGGGCGCGUUCAGGGACGCGGGGACGUGGAUCCCGCGGGACGCGUACCAGCAGCGCGCGUUCGCGACGCCGGUGACGGACGUCCGAGACGCGAUGCCAGGCGACCUUCUCUUCUUCGGCGAUUCCGACGCCGUCGAAGACGUCGGUGCGUUC